AUGGUGAUAACCACAGUGUUAUCAUUCUUCACGGCACCAACCUCAGCCACUUACAUGCGGUUCUACGGGUACUCGCUUAACGCUACUAUAUUCACCUACCUGGUCGUUCUCAGGCAAACCUACAAGGCCAAACCAGUUUCGCUAGUUCUUUCCCAAUACAGUUCUCUCAUCCGUGAUGAUAACGUUCAGUACAUCGGAUUGGCAAUCCUGCUGAGGCUGAGUGCAAGUGUCCCAGGGCCUGUCAUUGGCGGGCUAUAUCCCUUUUCCAUCUACGCUCUUUUCCAUGUUUUGCGGUACAUUGCGGACUUGGUGCCUGCGGUAAGACCUCGUGUGGCCUCAGUGUUGGCUUUGAAUGACCGUGCAGUGUACAUUGCGGCAAACGCUGAACUUCUACUCUGCACAUCAUUUGCGCUUCCACUUGUGAAGAUGUUUCUGCUUCUAGGGAUUUUGCGGAAUCCAGUGUACUCCAUCCGCCAAUUAGUGCUCAUUGCCGGGAUCACUGUGUUCUUGAGAUUUCGUUAUUUUCAGAGCAAAUAUACCCGGACCGUUGUGGAUGGCUAUGACAUGCGGAUCGCUCAAUUGGUGUGCUCUCCGUAUGCUCCAAACAAUGCACCAUACAUUUACGCCGCAAUUAAGGGAGUGUUUACGAGGGCUCUGGAGCCAGUACGCCCGGCGUUGAAGAAGCAGUAA